UUAUGUCGAUCAAAUUUUAACAUCUAAAGCGUGUCAGGUGAUGAACAUAGGCGUUAAGGUCUAAAGGACAAUUUGAAGGCAAGGAGAAUCAUUCACUUUUAAAAUGCAGCACAAAACGUGUAUCUUGAUGUUCUUGGUAUUCUUCUUACACUUUUCCAUCGGAUUAGUUACACAUGAAAAGCUGUCGACGCAGAUAAGCACAAACACGGUCAUAUUGCGGCAAAUUUUGGCAAAGUUAAAUAGAGACAAUCCUGAUGUUGAAAGUUUGCAAGAGGUAGCAAUAGGAAAGACAUCGACUCAAAGUACGCAACAUUUAAGUUAUAAACCUGGUAAUGCUAAUGACGGAAACCUUAACACCUUUUCGCACACCACUACAGAACAGUCGCCAUACUGGGAGGUUGACCUUGGUCGUAAUUACAAGAUCAGACAGAUCGAAAUAUUUGUACGGAGAACCUGUUGUGGUAAUCUUAUCCGCAAUUUAAAUAUAACCGCGGGACCAUCACAUAAUCUGAUGACGCGUUGUGGUUUUUACCCAGGACCUGCCAAUACAGGAGAUCACCUGGUCUUUGAAUGCAGACCGAUAAUAAAUGGCCGUUACGUAAGAAUUCAGAAGAAUGACUCGACAAACCUAGCUUUAGCCGAGGUGCAGGUGAUGGCAAUUGUUGACAGGACAAUUGGAUAAAGAGACUUUUUUCUCAAUUGCAUAUAUAUCACUUGAAAUAUAAUACAUGUAUCUCAAAAAGUUUGAUUAAUUACGAAUGGGAGUCUUUUGUCCUCAUGGAUAACAAAUGACAGCAAACAACAAUAUUGGUAAAAAGUUUUAAUAACGAAAGCGAAUUUUUAUGCAAGAUUAUUGGGACAUAACUCCAAAAAUUCAGAUUUAUUUUGGAAAGUUCAGUAAAUGUUUUAUUAGUUUAUGUAGCAAAAAAACAAGUAAGGUUAUCCUAUGUUCUAUCUUCCAGAAGCCUUUCAUAAGAUGUGUAUUUUUAUAUUUUAUUCAAUUUAACUUGUAUAUUUAGUUUUUCUCAUUUAGUAAAGCUUUCGCCAUUUA